AUGGACACUCUCUCACUCCUUGUGCCCCCCCCCAGGAUGAGCGCCAUCUACGCGGCGGACCUCGCUCGGCAGGCAGAAAGAAAGUUGAGAGACGACAAGAAAAGCCGACUUGCCCGUAACGCGUCCCAGCCAUGCCUGAUGUCCCAUGCCCUCGCGAAAGCAGGCAGCCCCGAUAAGAAGACGCUGGACGCGGAAGACUUUCGGUUCCACGCGGUCAGGGAGGUAGCGUACAAGAAACACCAAGACAAGACGCCCAAGAAAGGAGGGAUGAAGAAGGUGUUCUCGGAGAUCGGGAGCUUGAGCAAGUGGGCGUGCAAUGAGCUGGGGGUACAGCACAUGUAUGCUGCCUUCGAGAAGAGAGUCGACAAGGCCAGACUGCUGGCCGGGGAGGAGUCUGAGGAGGAGGGCGAGGAGGAGGGCGAGGAGGAGGAGCUGAGCUUGGAGGACAUGAUCCGAGACUCAUUUGGUUGUUGUGUCUAUGAGUUCUUCAACAGCUCGGCCUCGUUCGGGUUCACGCUUCUUGACGAAGUGAAAUCACACUCCAUGAUCGACGAUGAGCCACUUGGCGUCUCCGCGCAACUGUCAUUCGAGGUGACGCUGAAACAUCAGUUUUCGAGUUUCUCGCUGGAAGAAAAUGAGUUCACUUCCUUAGUUCACUUCCUUGGAUGA